AUGAAAGUGAUUUUCAUUCCAAAUUAUUCAGUUUCUAUUGCAGAAUUAAUUAUCCCAGCAACUGAUUUAAGCGAACAAAUCUCAACAGCCGGAACAGAAGCAUCUGGAACAAGUAAUAUGAAGUUCGUUAUGAAUGGUGGAGUUAUUAUCGGAACUAUGGACGGCGCAAAUGUAGAAAUUGCAGAAGAAAUAGGCGAAGAUAAUAUGUUUAUUUUUGGAGCCAGAAUAGAUCAAGUUCAAUCAAUCAGAGAAAGUUUAGCAAAAGGGGAUCACCCAAUAGAUCCAAGACUAAGGAAUAUAUUCACUCUUAUCAGAGAGGACCGAUUUGGCAACGCAAAAGAAAUGGCAUCUUUAUUGGAGGACUUACUCCCCCUCAGUGAAUGAACAAAACCAUUGGAAAAAUCCCUAUUUUUUGCAAAAAUCCAUUUAACAGUUUGCAUUUAAAACAUAAAUUUUGUAAAUUAAAUUAAUUUUUACUUCUCAAUUUUUACAAAUUGGAAUUUUUUUUUAUUUUUAAAAAAAUUUAGCCGCACUCUGUGAGCGAACGAUAUUUUUUUGUUUGUUCACGGGGGGGAGUUAGAAAAAAACGAGACUUAUUUGUUAUGCCAUGAUUUUAGCUCAUAUGUCGAAGCUCAUGAAAGAUCUGAUGCUGCCUAUAAAGAUAAAAUCAGAUGGAACAAAAUGUCCAUUUCUGGAGCGCUGCAUGCAGCAAAAUUUUCAAGCGAUAGAAGCAUUGAAGACUAUUCUGAGCUGAUUUGGAAUCUGUCCCCAGUGACUGUUCCAACUCCUGCAGAAAAUCCAUUAGCAAGAUUGAAAACUCAACCCCACUUGGUCGAUGCUAAUACAAACUUAGAAAAACUGAGAGAAAUUAAAGAGCAUAAAGAAGCCAAUAUAAUAAAUGCAAUAGAAGAUACCGAGCUGAUUGAUAGCCUAAAUAAAGAAGAAACGAUGGAUAGAAGACCUACAACAUUCCAAUAA